AAUAGCUGUCAACCCAUGCGGUUUACCGAUAUUCUUGUACAGGGACAUUGAGUUUUCAGUUCCAUACGGGCAAAGAAAAUGUGUUUUGUGUUUCUCCCUUGUGAUGGGAUUGUGUAGAAUGAACGUUGCGAUUUACAAGUGCACGGGGUGACCAAUAAGGUCUGAACUGGUAUAUAAUAAGGUAGGGCACUGAUAAGGGGUUGGCAGAUACGGGGGAUGGCACCGCGCGACCUCCUGCACACGGGGCGAGGGAGUUAACAUCUCGCUCGGGUGCCGUCAACAUUCACACGUUUCCACGGGUCGAUUACGGACUUCUCAUUAUCGUCGGUCGAGUUCACAGCCGUCAUUUAAUUAAGGUAAUCGAUUGGAGUAUUCAUCGGAAAGGUAUGUUUUUUGGAGUUAAAAAGCUAAUAAAUUUUGCCGAAGUUUCCCGGGUGUUUUCUUUUUUGGCGGGCCCCGUGCGUGGCGCGAUGCGGAGUUGUCAAGAUUAACUUGGACCGCUGACGUUGAUAUGAUAAAAUAAGCGUGAUGCAAAAGAUUUGGGAACCAAAAGCCCGCCACCUGGACAUGGAUAAACGCGGCGUGACGUACGCUGAAGAUACCAUAAGCAGUGAGGUAAAGACAGAUCUUGACCUUUUGUUGGAGUGUCUCAAGUUUCAGAAUGAGGACUCGUCCACCCAUAAGCAGGCGGUGAUCACUCUUUCUUCCAUCUGCUCAUACAACGCUGCAGCAUGCAAGUACCUAAAGGAGUGUGGUGGAUUAUACUUCAUACAGCAGCUUGCCUGGUCUAACCCUCACCAAGAUGUCACAGAAGUCAUCUUGUUUUUUCUGGGGAGGCUGGUGGAGAACAACGUGUUCUGUAAGCAGUGGCUCUGCACAUCUUCCCUGCUCAAUCGAGCUAGCUCACUUUUAAAAGACUUGCAAUCUUCGGGAAUUCUUAAAAAAAGUGCCUCCUAUCUACUCCUUGCACUACUUACAAAUAAUAACCGAGGGCAGACCCUUGCUCGGACAUCUAACUGUCUAAACACAAUGCUUAGUGUUUUCAGAAGUGGUCUCCCAAGUGAACUUUUGAGACAUGGCAACAGGGAUUCUGAAGAGGAACUCUCACACUGGUCUGAUCUUGCCAGGGCCCUAUGCGCAAGUGUAAACAAUCCUCAGCAUGAGGAAAAUCAAAAUAUGUGUGCAUCAGUCUUGCCGAGUGUAGCUGAGAGUCUCACUCUAAGCUCAUCACCUGGUAUCAUCGCCUCCCAAUGUUCAUUUAUCACUGGAGUGGUUUCCAACAAUGCAUUUUGCCAAGAGCAAUUUGCACGGAGUGGAGGCCUCAGUGCUCUGGCCCAAGUUCUCUCCAGAUUUACACUGGAAAACAACUUGGGCCCCACUAACUUUCCAUUGGCAGUGACCAUCACGAAGACUAUUGACGUUUGUGUUACCGACCAAACCAAGUUGGCAUUUCAGCUGUCAAAGCACUGCGUGGUGCCCCACAUGGUCUCACUGUUGCUGAAGAACCCCCACGAUGUAAACAGCAAAUUGGCAAUCCUGAUAACCAUUGGGCAUGCCACUGAAGACUGUGUGGAGAACCAGAGGCAGCUCCUUGAGAGCCAUGGCCUUCCCUUGCUGGUGCAGUUGAUGGUUGAGGCACAGGAUGAAGAGAUAAGCAAGGCCGCCACGUUCAUCCUGCAGAGCUGCAUUAAACUGACAAACACCUAUGUGAAGAGUGCCAUGAACGAGUUGGUUGAAUGUAAUGACGCUGGAAAUUCACAGCUCACGACCCAUAAUAUGCCCCAUUACAUGGUGAACAUGCUGAAGGAGAUGAAAACGAGGAAAGAUCAAAUGUAUCAAGAACAGGGUUCCAGUGAGGGAGACUUGGCUUCAUUGCAAAUGGUGAAGGAUAUCAUUGACUCGAAGUUGCUGCAAUGGCGAUCCACUCUCACCACAAAGCAGUCACCAACCAGGAACAACAUGGAAAAUGUAUUGCUAUCCUUCAAGCAAAUGUCAAAUCAACAAGAGCAAAAUAAAAAUAUUGUGUCUUUAUUAAGCCAGCAACAAACAUGCCAAAGCGAAGAAUCGUCUGCGAAAGUUAACCAAAUUGCAUAUAUUGGACCGCCCAAUAGUAUCGCAGAGCAGCGAGGAGCAGUCUUGUUGACUCCGGGGGAAGAGCCCUGCAUGGAAGCCCAGCAUAAAAUACCGGUCGAUGGCGUAAAGGCAGCGCUGCCUUUACAAGACACUGGUGGGUGUGUGAAGCCCAUGCCCUUGAGAUAUGUUGGGCAGGGGGCUGAGAGGGAGACGCCUCGUACGUUACCCCAAAGUGCCUCUUUUAAAAGGAAACUUCAAUUUGACAAACAACACGUGGAUGAAGAGAAUGUACCUCUUCCUGCGAAGAAACAGAGAGUUGAACAGCACCAAGAGAAAGAAGAUAACAACUUAAGGGAAUACUCUGAAGGCUCAAGGAAUUACGAGAAUGAUGUUGGGCGUUCAAACUCACAACUUGACCUUAUGGCAAUUUGUAAGGAAGCCUUUGAUGAGGAGAUUUCAAGCAAAAAUGGAAGCCCCACUAUGUCUUCUGCUUUGAGUUGUAGUCAGCGUUGUGCAGGGUGCAUCACUGACUCCUCUUUGAAUAGCAAAAGCUACCAUUCAAUUGUGCAGAAAUGCGUGAGCUUAUGCACACGCCAUCACAUCACCAUGGAGUUGGAGAAGGCAUACAAACUGAACCACAGCAAGGCCUGUGUUAUGCAUCGAUCCAGGCCCUACAACAAUAUCACAUUGACCCCACGCAUAAAACGGCCAGAACGAUCGGACCUGAUAGUCAUACCUCCGAAAACGAUUCAAACUGAGAGCAGCUUCCGCCAAGUCAAAGCCAUGACUGAAGGUGGUGUGAAACGGUCACCGAACAAACACAACAUGGAUACAUAUUACUUCAGCUCCAGUGACUCUGACAUCGACUUCAGCUAUGUACUUGACGAUUCAGAAGAUAAGAAACACAACAAAAGGUCCAACUUUACAAAUGAUGAAGUGAAGUACCUGCAGCAAGGCGUCAAUAAGUUUGGACACUGCUGGAACCAGAUCCUUUGGACCUACCCCUUCCAGAAAGGGCGAACCAAUGUUCAAAUAGCAAAAAAAUAUAAGCAGCUGAAGGUAAGAACAUCUUUUUCUUACUAUCAUAUUAAUGGGUGCAGCAAAAAAGUGAAAUAUUACAAUUAUUACAAUAGAAUGUGUUCCAUUUUGUUGAAGGCAAGGUUUUUUUUGUGGGAAUUUACAUUGGAUUUAUUUUGCAGCGUAAUAUUUAACAUUUUUACAUUGUCAGUGGGAUGUUUUAAAGUUUCAACUUUAGUGAUGUACGGGAUGAGACUUUUUAAUUAUCGACCACCCUGGAACCUGCUGCCUCUGCAUGUUCAAGACUCUUCACAUACAUUUCACUCGUUCAGUAGAGAAUUCAAGACAGAACUGUUUAAUAGAGCUUGCAAUGUAUGAAUAAUGCACACUCGUGAUAACCUAGGUUAUAAGAGUUGCGCGUUCAUCAACGUAAUUACUUAAAAUGUACUUUCCUUCCGUCCUUACUCAUUUAUUUUGUACAGUAACAUGUUUGUGGAUGUCAGCCCACAUCGCAUGCCUGCAUGGUUAUCACAAUUUCAACAAGUACUGUAUUGUUGAAGGCCGUAAUGGCAGUCACCUUGUCCACGCAUUGGCACUUCAAAUGCAUUUGUGGUAAAUUACAGGUUUAGAUUUCUUUCUCAGGCUAAUUGCCUCCAGUAAUCAGCAUUUUUGUUAAUUAUGAGGGUAUAAUAGCUGACCAGGUGGCACAGUGGUUAGCGUACUUCUCUAUAAACCACAGUUCGAUUCCUAGCCAUAGACGAUUAUAUCUCGGUCUCC